AUGGGAGGCAGACAUGGUGUUCUUGAUGAGGAGGGAGAGUGGCAGCCGAUAAAGAACAUUACAGACCCUUACAUCAAGGUGCUCGGAGAGGUCUCAGUGUACUACUACAACAACAGGACAUCAUCUCAUUUGUCGUUCGUAAAAGUGUUGAACGGCGACACCCACGGCCAUUACUAUGACGAUUACUAUUACCGGCUCGCCUUGGAGGCUCAGGACAGUGGACUCACCAAAAAAUACCAAGCAAUUGUGUUGGAAAGGCGUUAUGCGUAUUUUAGGAACGUUACCUCGUUUACUCCUUUAUAG